UGCAUCCUACAACAAGGCUGAUAGUUCACACUCAGCUGAAAUAGUUACUGCCAAUCCUAUGCAGAAAAACUCUACAGAAACCAGUCAUACUGUCAUCCUUAAGUAUGAACCACCAGAUUCUGAGAUUCAUACCACCAUGUUGAAAUCUGUAGCUCCUAGGACAAUGGCUCAUUCCAACCCUGAUGAAAGUAAGAAAAUGCCUUCAAAAUUUCUAAAGCAGACUGCUGUAGGACAAGACAAAGUUGUAGAAGAUGCUACCACCUUUAUGCCAGAGACAUCUAACCCAAGAAAGAAAAGAACUGAUUUUUCAAAUGUUCUAGACCCAGACACAGGGUUCCCUAUGGAAGAAAGUAUAACUUUUAUAAUGGACAACUUUGGCUCUGCUGGGGAACCUGGCCCCAUCAAAAAUAAAGAAGUUUUGGGCACAAAUGUAGAAGCUGAUAUUUUUAAACCAGAAAAAAAUUCCAGUGUCACAGCAGUUGAAGCACAAUACGUAACAGAUAACUUUAAAUCUAUUGGGAGUGAAAUGUCUACUUCACAGUAUAGUACUAUUCCUUCUGCACUGCUCAUGUCUCCUGGAGCUGACAGAAUUUCUUAUAUGGAUGAAAACAUGGAAAUGGUAACUGACAUAGCAAACAUGUCUGCUGCAGAGAAAGUUACUUCUGUUGGAACCCUUCCUGCUGAAAAUAAUGAGACUCCCCUUCCUAGAGCAGUUGUUACCAUGCCCUCAGACAAUAACCUUGUACUAAAUCAUGAAAACCCCAGUCUUACUCCUGAUGCCAAGACUGAUAGUGCUGCAAUUUCUCUACAGGAGAAAAAUGAGGUUUUGUCAGAUGAUUCCUUUAUAGUAUUAGGGGAAAGAGAGAUAGUAGUUGAACAAAUGAAAAGUUCUAUAGAGGAUGACAUAACUGGUGUAACUCUUCUUAAUAAUAAUGCCAAUCCUAUAGCAUCUGAAGACAAUAUAAUUCAGGUAGAAGACAGCCUUUUAUAUGAUACUGAUUUAAUUGGAAGGGACAAAUAUAAUUCUGAGAAUAAUGAUAUUAUCCUUGAAUCAAACACAUCUGACCUUAACAAAGUCUCAAAUUCAUGCCUGUCCAACAGAAAUGGACUUGAAACCAUAUCUUGCAAGGAUCUCAUUACCUUCAUGGAGAAAAAUGGUAAAGAUGAAUUUUAUGCUAAGAAUCUUCCAGGUAACAAAGCUGAAGAGCCUAUGGAAGCCAUAACUGUAAUUGAUAUCAUCACUGAGGGAAUUAAAACAACAAAUCAAGAAAUCACAGCUGUUGAAGAAGGUAACAAGGUUGUUGUUAAGAUGACUUCCUUUGAAUCUGACAUGCCUUAUUCAGAGACCAUAGCCAACACCCAUAAGGAUAAUGACUUUACUUCUGAUAGGGACUCUACCUUCACUGUAACAGAUAAAAGCAGCCUUGUGACUGGGAGCACUAAUCUUGCCGAGAAUAUCUCCUCUCUUGAGAACCAGGAAACAUUGGUCAUAAGAAAUUCUAGAUUCUCCUCUUAUGAUACUGUUAAUCCUAGAGUAGAACCGAAGAUUAUUGCAACUGAUGUCAUAUCACAAAAAAGGGAGAAAAACCAAAUGGCAGAAAUUACCAAUUUAGAGAAUGAUGUUAUUCCCACACCAUCCUUCAUUGAACCAGUAACUGCAUCAGGUACAACAGAUGCUACCACAUCUGAAGAAGCCACCACAUCCAUGUUUUCAGCCUCUGCCCUUUUUCCAGAACACAUUAAGCCUGAAAAUGACCCCGCUGUUUCUAGGGCAAAUUCUACUCCUGAGUCCACAGGUGAUACCACUUUACUAAAAGAUGCCACUGUUGAUAAUAACCAAGAAACUCUCCCUUCAAAGGAAACUUCAUUGAAGGAUACCAAUAUGGCUGUGCCUGAGGCAUCCAGGUCUGUUUCUAAAAAGCCUUUACCUGUUAAUGGGGCGCCUCUCUCAGGAUGGAAUGUCAUCAUUGUACAAAGUGAUCCUCAGGUCAUCCAGCCGGAAUCUGAUCUUCCUCCAGUUGAUUCUACACUCUUCCCAAGGACCUCUGUCUAUACUAACCCUGACACAGUUGACACAGUAAUAGAAGACCCAGUCACUGAGACAGCUACUUCUGGCAAAAAAUACCGUUCUCUUAAGAGAUCUGUAUCUGCAGAUGCUACCAUUAAUUUGAGGGAAGACACUGAUUUUUUGACUGAAGCCACUAGAUAUGAAGAUGAUAUUCCUGUAGAGGAGAUUAUAUCUGAUGUUCAAGAAGUUGCAUUUGACAGGGAAGAAAAGGAUGCUAUAACAAGAGAUGAUAUUACUCAGGAAGAAGAAAAUAAUAUAUAUCCCACUGAGUUUUCAUCCUUUAUAUCAAGUAGCAAUAUCCUGAAGAACAAUGUAUUAGCUCCUGAGGAUUAUUUUAUUUUUCCUAAAAGAAAAGAUGUCAGUCCUAUCUCUGAAGUGAAUGAAAUCACAGCUGACUUAUCCAAAUUUGUUGCUCAACCAAUCAGUCCACAGAAUAACAUACCCAUUAUGACUUCCUUCUCUGCUCCUGGAGGAGAUAGAAUUUCCUUUGAAAAGCAAGACUCUGAAACUAUGUCUUACUCAGAUUUAACAGGUGACAUGUCUUCCAUUGCCCAGGCCAACCCAACAAAAACCAAAGUGCUUACUCCUUUACCCAACACACCUGCUGAUGCCCUCUCUGCUCCUGGAGGAGAUAGAAUUUCCUUUGAAAAGCAAGACUCUGAAACUGUGUCUUACUCAGAUUUAACAGGUGACAUGUCUUCCAUUGCCCAGGCUAACCCAACAAAGACCAAAGUGCUUACUCCUGUACCCAACACACCUGCUGAUGCCCUCUCUGCUCCUGGAGGAGAAAGAAUUUCCUUGGGAAAUCAAGACUCUGAAACUGUGUCUUACUCAGAUUUAACAGGUGACGUGUCUUCCAUUGCCCAGGCCAACCCAACAAUGACCAGAGUGCUGACUCCUUCUUUACCCAACAGACCUGCUGAUGCCAUCUCUGUUCCUGGAGGAAAAAGAAUUUCCUUGGGAAAUCAAGACUCUGAAACUGUGUCUUACUCAGAUUUAACAGGUGACGUGUCUUCCAUUGCCCAGGCCAACCCAACAAUGACCAGAGUGCUGACUCCUUCUUUACCCAACAGACCUGCUGAUGCCAUCUCUGUUCCUGGAGGAGAAAGAAUUUCCUUGGCAAAUCAAGACUCUGAAACUGUGUCUUACUCAGAUUUAACAGGUGACAUGUCUUCCAUUGCCCAGGCUAACCCAACAAAGACCAAAGUGCUUACUCCUGUACCCAACACACCUGCUGAUGCCCUCUCUGCUCCUGGAGGAGAAAGAAUUUCCUUGGGAAAUCAAGACUCUGAAACUGUGUCUUACUCAGAUUUAACAGGUGACAUGUCUUCCAUUGCCCAGGCCAAUCCAACAAAGACCAAAGUGCUGACUCCUUCACCCAACAUUCCUGGCAAUGGCUUUUUCAUUUCUGGAAAUGGGAUUACUAAAUCCAAUAAAGAUACCACUCUGUCUGUGGAAACAAUCAAUAUUCCUGAAGAUGAAUUCACUAGCAGAAAAAUUCAAGACACCCAUAUGGCAAAAGAUUUGACUGAUCUGAAAAUGGCAAAAUCCUAUCUUUUAAAUUCAAUAACUGAUCAUUCUGCUCCCAUGAACAAUCUUGGUAUCCUGGAACAGCCAAUUACUAACACUCCAACUUACUUUCAUGCUUUCCCAUUGGAUGCUUCCAGAGAGAACAUUAUCUCCAGUGUUGACUCCAUAUACACUGAAUAUAAUCCAUCUAUAACCAGGGAGGACACUGCUUCUAAGAUGUUAUAUGAUGCCAUCAGCACUUCACCUGAAAACCCUUCCCCUGAAAAAAGAUUGCCUGUGACUAGUGCUGCUACAGUAGUGGCUGAAGAUCCAUCCCCUAAAAUCUAUUCUCCAACUCCCACAACAAACAUCACUAGAAACAUAACAGAAUUAACUGUUUCUUCUGUGGCUGAUAAUAUCCCUAAAGUACAAAUACCUAUCACUUCAGCAGGAGGCCAUCUUACAUCAGUGGAUAAUCCUAUACCAGAGAGUGACUUCCUUACGACUGCUGUCAACUUCAUUAGCACUUUUGGCAACUUCAUCAGCUCUGUGACAGAUAAACUUACUCUUUUAAAGGAAAUACCAACAUCAGAAUUUAAUACUAAGUUACAGUGUAUUAAAACACCUACUGAUGAUGUGGCCAAAUGUAUCUCCUCUCUGACUAACACUGCUGCGCUCUCUACUGAUACCAUUCCUCUCCCUGAAAAGGAAGCGAUCCCUCAUGUAACCAGGAACAUUAGCUCAACAGACAAUGAUGCUUUUCUAGUAAAUGAUAAUGCUACAGACCCAGAAAAUAAAGUUUCUGAUUUUAUAGUGUAUGAUCUUGAAGAAUGGGAAAUCACUGAAUUUGACAGAACAAUCCCUUCAGAGGAAGAUGACGCUAAUACUAUGGCAUUUAUACCAAAGGAUAACAUCAUUAAGGAAAAAGACACACUCAUUGUGUUUGAUUUGUCUAAUUCUGAGGAGGAAGACACCACCACAUCUGAAACGACUAACUCUAUAGUGGAAGAUACUGCUGAUGUUAAUGGGUUUUGGAUAGAGGGAAAUCCUGACGAUGAGUUGAAUGCAACAGCCCUUGUUCUUGAUGCUUCUAAAAACAAAGAUUAUUCCAUUCCCCUAGCAUCAGAAGCCAAGAAUACUAAGGAACAUAAGAACACUAUGAAAGCCUUCCUCACUAAACUGGUAGGUAGGCCAAAUGAAUCUGUAACUAAUGCCACAGAUUCCUUACCUGGACGUCUCACUGAAGAAAGCCACACAGAUCCUACAAAAGAUUCCACAACUGAAAUUGAUGUUACCAACCUAGAGGAAGAUGACUCUAAAGACAUCCUCUAAAUGCAAUACAGAAUAACAUCUCCAACUAAAGAAUAAGGUCUUAACUCCUGCAUUCCUGCCGGCUCUCCCUCCAUUAGCUACUUCCAGAAGACUCUCCUUCAUUGGCGAUUGAAAGAUGAUGUAAUCUCAAGGAUGUGGAUUCUUUUUCUCCUCUGUCCACACUCGUUAAAGUGGUUCAAUCUUCACUUUGAUUCAAUAAAUAUUUUUGAACACAA